UGGGACUGGAGGAGGAGGAACAGGCUUCAACAGUGUCGGCCAGUAAGUCAUCGGUGAGCGAGAGCCUUGUCCUUGAUUGCAACAGCACGUUCCUUGUUCCCGACCAGUUCUGCCUUCCCCUCAAGCUCCUUCUUAUACUCCACCUCUCUUCCUCUUUCGCUUACGAGUUGUUCACGAGUCCUCCUUCUGCAUGUGUGGUCUCGAUGUGUGCUUCCUGGAGAGAGAGAGAGAGAGAGAGAGAGAGAGAGAGAGAGAGAGAGAGAGAGAGAGAGAGAGAGAGAGAGAGAGAGAGAGAGAGAGAGAGUUUUUUCAUCGCUUUCUCAGACAGGGCGGGGCGGUUGGUGGGAGCGGCAACGAUCAGGAGAGGAUGGCGCUGUCUAGGCUCCGUGUGUGGGCGAUAACGGCGACAGCUGUUUGGUUAUCGCUUCUAGCGAUGGAUAGCAAGUCGUGGAGAGUGUCGGCGCAAACAACGGCUGUCAUAUCCGCAUCACCACUAACCGCUGAAGAAGCUGAACUGGUGUCCGCUUACAGUCCGCCAUCGCCGGACGAGGUGACCUUGUUCGACUCGUGGCUAAGCCAAGAUCGAUCGACGAGUAGUCCACCUGUGCCUCCGCAAAUCCUGGCGUUAUUCGGAGGCCCGGGCGACACAGGUGUGACGAGCGCCACGCCGGGAGUCGUAGCAGUCGGACGCGGAGCAGGAGGACAGGUCGUAAUGACUGGGGGGGGGAGGCGGAGAAGAAGAAGAAGAAGUAGAAGCCUACUUACUGUUGAGCCCGCUCUUGAUGGUGAUCAGCUCCUCGCUCCUCCUCAUCCUUCUUCUCCCUUGGGAGGGAGGAGGGAGCUUCAGCAGUCGGCUUCAUCUCCCUCUCCUGCACCUGGCAAUACCACUGGCACCUCGAACGCUCCCGACUCUUCCGGGAAUGCCGGACCUCCUCCUCCUCCUCCUCCUCCUUCUUCUUCUUCUCCUCCUCCUUCUUCUUCUUCGUCCUCCACCCCUGGAGUCGACGCUGUUGUCGCUAAAGACGGUUCUGGCCAAUUCACGACCGUCCAAGCCGCGGUGAACAACGCCCCCGGCAACAAGAGGUACGUAGUGUUCGUGAAGCGGGGGACGUACGUGGAGAAGGUACUGGUUGACAAAGCCUACGUGACCCUUCGAGGGGAGGGGCCGUAUCUCACGACGCUGACUUACAGCGAUACGAACGCCGCGACAGGAAGCACAUCGGCGUCGGCGAGCGUCUCGGUGACAGGCAAUUUCUUCAGCGCUGAAGACAUCGAAUUCGCCAAUGGCGCCCCACGCCCAGACACAUCCAGUGUCACCGGGCAGGCUGUGGCCAUCCGGAUCACAGGCGAUCAGGCAGCCUUCUACAACUGCAGGUUCAUUGGCUACCAAGAUACUCUGUACUCACUUCAAGGGAGGCAUUACUUCAAGCAAUGCUAUAUUCGGGGAUCGGUGGAUUUCAUCUUCGGAGAUGGCACGGCUAUGUUCCUCGACAGUGAUCUUUUCGCUGACGUCAUCGACAAAGGCGGCUACUUGACCGCGCAGAACAGAGGGACCGCCAAGUCGACGACUGGUUUCGUCUUCUUGCGCUGCAAAGUGAACGGCAACGGCCUUGUCUACCUGGGCCGGCCGUGGGGAAAGGCGGCGCGCACUGUCUUCGCUUACACGUAUCUGAGCGAGGUCGUCCAACCCGCCGGAUGGGACACUUGGGGGAAAACCGUGCCGAAGAAGAUGACGGUCUUCUACGGAGAGUACAAGAACACGGGCCCGGGGGCAGAGAUCAGUCGCCGGGUGAAAUGGUCGCGUCAGCUCACUGCAGCGCAGGCCAAGCAGUUCCUGACCGUCGAUUUCAUCGAUGGGAAGAGCUGGAUCCCAAAGAGCGGGCUUCAAGGAUUGACAGACAAAGAGUGAUGACGUCAUCCUCAUACUACAACAGAUCGGGAGCAUAUCAGAACAUGCGG